AUGCACGACUUUGAAACAGUAACACCUGAAGUAUGGAGAUUAAACGAAAAAUCUUGGAAAGAAAAACUUAUGAAGUUACCAAAUUGGCACAGGGUACCCUUAAUUAAUUGCAAUGCAUCACACAACUUGUCUGAUGGAACACUAGCACGAUUCCGCGGCAUGGUUCAGGAUAUGCACAAUCCAGAGUUUUAUUUUGAAGAGUUUGAAGUAUUUAAUACGGCUACUAACGAAGUUAAAACCAAAUCUGGCAAAUAUACAGAUACAGCGUCUAUUCUGGAAAAUGAGAAGAUAAAUUAUACAGAAAAUCUAAAAAGUGCACAGAGACAAACAAUGGUAGUCGUAUCUUUGCCUGGCUUAAAUGAAUGGGCACAAAAGAUGGAAGAUGACAAGAACCAUCUAAAACACUUAGAAGAACAGCCAAAUACAUCAAAACGGUUGAACACAACAAAAUUAAAACGCAGCUAUGACUGUGAUGAGGAUGUAAAUGCUAUGGAGGUUGAAGAUGAUAGUGGCAAGAAAGUCGCAAAUAAGGCAGAAAAUAUAAUAGAAAAGCCUAGUGUUGUAUCUCGAGAGCAUUUGUUAAAUUUCCCUUUACCUGAUGUAGCCAGCAAAUCAUGUAUUAUUAAGAUAUAUGAUGACAGUGAGAACCUCAAAAUCAAUGAUAUGGUGGAGGUUGUAGGCUUCCUAUCGGUAGAUCCAGCCUUAUCUGGGGAAUUUCAGGGUGAAAAUAAUUCAUUUCUUGAACCCUGUGUUGAGACAGAAGUCGAGACUAUAACUCAUAAUCCACCACCAAGUUUGGUACCUAGACUACAUGUGGUCUAUGUUAAGAAAUUGGAGCAUUGCAAUCCACUUGUUAAGGAUGGAGAUCAAGAAAAUCUGUUAAAGGAGGCAAACUCAGCUCGAGAUCACUUGUUGAAAGCUUUAACAGAACUGCUUUUGGGCGAUAAACUUGCUGCGGAGUAUUUGAUUUGUCAUCUUAUUGCUUGUGUAUACCUCCGUCAAGAUACAAUUACUCUCGGACAAUUCUGCCUCAACAUUUCCAAUCUACCCACAAAGCGAUACCCAAACUAUGCAAAGCAGCUGUAUGAUGUCAUAAAGCAAUUUGUUACUAAGAGCUACUAUCUACCGUUGACUAUUGAGAAUAUGAAUACAAUGGCCUUGCUACCAAAAAAAGACUAUGACUGUAACCGUUUAACGAGUGGCAUUCUUCAGCUAAGCAAGCACACACAUUUGGUGCUGGAUGAAACACAAAUGGAACAAGGUCAACUGGAUUCCUCAGGAGUGAACAACAUAACUGCCCUGGGUAAUCUCAUAAAACAACAGAAGGUCGAAUAUGACUUCAAAUACUACAAGAUGGAGUAUGACUCGGAUAUAUCUGUAUUGAUAUUGUCGGAGGGAAAGAGUUUGUUGCCUAGCGAUUACCACGUUCCAUUGCGGCCAGAAAGCUCCUCACUAGAAAUAUUCGAUGCUAUAGUGGAAGCGGCCACGUACUACUUGAAGGAGGAGAUUAUGAAUACCAUAAGAAUGUACUUAACAAAUCUAAAAAUUGUUAAAUACUCAAUUUCUGAGAAUUUACAAUUUGUAGAAGAAGAUUUUAUAGAAAUGCGCAGUAAGUCGGAUACCGAGAACCCCGUAACAGCUGAUGAUCUACACAGGCUUCUAGUUCUGGCGCGAUUAGUCAGCCUUUCUCGAGGUUUGGAUACCCUCACCAAAGAGUGCUGGGAUAUUACCAAACAGAUGGAGGAAGACAGAAUAAACAGAGUGAAGAACAGAGUCGCUUCUACUUUGUAG